AUGCGGCUGUCGUUCGCCGCCGCGAUCUCCCACGGCCGCGUAUACCGCCGCCUAGGCCUUGGUCCCGAGUCCCGCAUCCACCUGUUGCAGAACUUGCUUACGGGACUGGUGCGACACGAACGCAUCGAGGCGUCAUGGGCACGCGUGGACGAGCUGAGAGGCUACGCCGAGAAGCUCAUCGACUACGGGAAGCUGGGAGACACCAACGAACGAGCCAUGCGCAUGGCUGAUUUCUGGCUCACGGAGAAAGACUUGAUCCCAAAGCUGUUUCAAGUACUGGCCCCUCGGUACCAAGGUCAGAAUGGGGGCUACACGAGAAUGCUGCAGAUCCCAAAUCGGAAUCAGCAGGAUCGGGCCAAAAUGGCAGUCAUUGAGUACAAAGGGAACUGUCUCCCACCCCUGCCCCUGCCACGCAGAGACAGCAACCUUACACUCCUAAACCAGCUGCUUCAGGGGCUGCGGCAGGACCAGGAAGCAAGCACCCACAGUUCCCGCCUAGCUCAAACACCAGAGGUUUAA